GCCGCCAUCUGGAGCGUCGCCAUGGCGCAGCGGCCCUUCCACGUCGGUCCGGCCGCCGUGACAAGCACCAUCCCGGCGCUUCACCUUGACCUCGAGUCCUACGCAUCCCCCGCUUACCCGACGCCCUUCGUGCAUAUCGUCCGAUGGAGCAAGUUGUGGGGCUGCCUGCCGGUCUCCUACGCCCGCAAUAGCCGUUCGUGGACCCUCUCGCCCCUGCUGGUCUUCUGGGUCGUGUGCAACAUCGGCUUCAAUAUUCCGACCUUCUACGACUGCAUUAAGUCGUCCUUGGGCUCGGACGGCCUCAUGCUCUACGUCAUGAUCAUGAUCGUGUGCGUCAUGAGCGUCUCGGGGGUGUCCAUGCACGUCCUCUCCCUCGUCCACUACAGCGAGUGGGUCAGGUUCCUCAACGACUGGAUGAUGUUCGAGCGCAAGUUCCCGACGCUGACGGUCGGCGUCCACUCCCGCCGGGUGGCGCUCCCCCUCUUCAUCGGCUUCCUCCUUUACAUCGCCUUCUUCGUGGUGAACAUAUUCAACGAACUGAGGUUCAACCUGAUCAACGAGGACGGCGUGGGGCGCAUGCUGUCCCUCGUCUACGUCUACGUCAUCUACAGCUACACCCUCUCCAUGCCCGUGCUGUGGACGGUCAUGGCGUCCAAGGUGUUCGCGCUGUGCCUCACGCACAUCCGCCACGAGCUCGAGUCGAUCUUGGAGUGCGUCAAGUUCGGCAUGCGCUGUACGACGUCGCCCAUCCAGAAGUGCAUCGCUACCGGGGACAUCAACCGCCUGCAGGAGGCCGUCCUCGACCUCGCCAAGAUCAUCGAGAGCUUCAAGGUGAUCAUGGGCCCCUUCAUGCUGGUGGUCGUCCCGCACCACAUCAUCUCCCUCAUCUGCUUCCUCUACUGGACGCUCGUGUCGGUCCUCGACUACAGCGACUGGUACUACCCCUUGAGCUUCGGCCUGCUCUCCGCCCAGGCCAUCGCGCCCAUCUUCUGCGCCGCCAUCUAUAGCGAGGACAUUCACACACAGAAGGAUUCCCUGGUCGAGCCGCUCAUUAUCCUCAAGAGUUCGAUGCCUGAUGAAGCGGCCAAGCACAAAAUGGCAACACUGAUCGACCACCUGGACCGGCUGGACGCCCAGAUCGAAGGCCGAGGUUUCUUCACGCUCAACAAGGGCAUGGCGACCUCGGUGGUGAACACGGUGGUGACUUACCUGGUGGUGUUGAUCCAGUUCUACGGAGGCGGACGCUGAGACCAGGAUCUGCAGGAUGGUGACUGGGAUUAUGGCAAGGGAUAAGGAACAUAAUCUGGGUGGAUGGUGAGCGCUAGGAUAAGCAGGAUGGGUGGAUGAUAAGGAUAAGCAGGGUGGCUAGUAGGAUAACAGAAAAAAAAAAAUCCUAUAUGAAUCAAUGGGAUAAAACGGGAUACAAAACUAGGCAGGCGCUUACCAUCAUGAUAAAGGAUGCUAGGAUAGUGGAAGAAGGAGGAUAAAGAAGAACGACUAUGCACGGAUGCUAAAAACAGGAUAAUUAGGAUGUUUACCAAGCUAAUGCAAAGGAAUAACAGAACGACUUCGGGCUGGCACCGAACACCAGGAUAGGCACGACGGAGAAAAAGAUAAUGCAUAUAAGGAUAAAGAGUGAGAGAAAAAAACGAAAAUAAUAACGAAUCCAUUGGUGAGAAGGAUAAAAGCCAAUCAAUAAAACGAACUGAAUGGCAAUAAGGAUUGAUGAAUAGAUGGACUGGAUUUUCGACUUUUUAUACACAUGAAAAAAAAAAAAAAAUCACAAGAAUCUUCUCGACGGAUAGACAAAGUUACUGAGCAAGCAAAUUUUUUAACAUGUUAGAACUUAGGUCCAAAUCAGUGUUCAUUACAGUAGCCCUGCCCAUAGAGGAAAA